UCGUUGUGACAUCGUAUUUUGUGUGGAUUCUCAAGAAGAUUCUUUUGUGUGGCGUGAAGUGAUCAAGUGAAAUAGUUUGGUUCUAUUGUUCAAUUCGGAAAUAACGGUUUCAAGCUAGAAAAAAUGAGUUUUAAUUUAAUCGUUGCAGGCAUUUUGCUGCUACUCUCGCAUGAUAUCAAUGGUUCUCCGCCGCGUGACUCCCGUGACAUUCAUAACAAAGAGAUUGUUGGCCAAGCGACAAAUAUCAUAACAUCAAAACUGCUCAAAAGCAAUAUCGAAAACAACAAAAACACUGUAUUCUCACCGAUUGGCUACGCUUCGAUUUUGGCCAUUCUAGGUGAAGGUGCACAAGAUGACACAAACAAUGACAUCAACACAAUGUUGAAGCAUCCAAAUGAUCGUGCUCUGGUGCGAAGUGCCUAUCGAACCGUUUUGACUCAUUUGCAAGGAAAGGACCCACAAGUGGCUCCACAAUUCCGCAGCUGGUUCUACAUUUACAAGAACAACAGCAUCGAUGACGCCUACCGUCAGAUUCUUGUGAAUGACUAUUAUGUCUCGGUUAAAGAGGUUGAACCAUUCAACACUCCCGAUUUAGGGCAAACGGAAGAAGCAGCCACACAACAACCUUUUGUCAAACCAGCCGCAGAGGCAACUGAACAACCAGCAUCAGAAAAAAACGUAGAAAAAGCCGAAGAACAAGUUGAAGAAAAAACCGCCAUCAAAACAUCCGAAAGUCAAGUUCAAGUCAAACCAGAAAAAAAACCAACCAACAGCAAAGACAUCGUUGAGUUUGAUUCAUUCAAAAACGAAGCCGGUCUAGCCGAUGAGACUCGCUUGGAUACACAAAACGAUCCAUCGAAAUUCGACGAAGUCAUUGAAGAUCGCCAAUAUGUCGAAGUACCACUGAUCAAAGACGAAAUGAAAAUGGUUGACGAAAAAGAAGCUGUUAAAACACAAACAGUCGAAGAAAAAAAGGUUCCCGAAAAACCCGUUGUCAAAGCCAAACAUGAAGUGAAAGGUGUGAAAAAAUCACUUCUGCCAAUCAAACAUUACGAAGAAAUGGAAAUCAUGCAAGCGGCCGAGUCAAGAUUGGGAAAAGUCUUUGGCGGAAAAUUCGGCGAAGGCGCUUCAAUCAUCAGCGGCAACUCAAUCGUCGGCGAAAAAGAGAACCUCGAUGAAAACGAAACAGAGAUCUACGAACCAAAGAUGUUGGUAUUCAACGGAUUGUACUAUCAUGGCAAUUGGGCCACACCAUUCCAGCAUUUGAGAGAUCAAAACACAGAAAAUACCUUCAACACUGCUGAUGGUCAAAAGAUCCCAAUUAAAAUGAUGAAAGCUCAAGGCUAUUUCAAAACUGGGAACAUUCAGAAGUACAACAGCGAAGCCAUCGAAUUCCCGUAUGAUAAUAUCCGUUACUCAAUGCUUGUGGUUGUUCCACAAGUUGAAGACGGACUGAAAAAAUUGAUCAAUGACUUCAACUCGAACACACUCUCUGACAUUUGCGGCGAAUUGCGAGAAGAAUUUGUCACCGUUAGCCUGCCGAAAUUCGAGGUGCAAACGACAAGUGGAGCCGAAAAGGUGUUUGCCAAAGAAGGUUUGGCAUCGUUAUUCACAUCAAAGGCUGAUUUCGGCGGAAUUUCCAAAUCGAAAAAGCUUCACAUUGGUGAACUUCAGCAGCAUGUCAACUUGCGUGUCGAUGAAACUUCUAGUACCGAAAACUUUUUGACUGCCUCAAUCGCUCAACGGUCUAAGAUCCCGGUAAAUGACCGUUCGGUCAUCAUCAAUCGACCAUUCUUGUUCUUCGUUCGCGAUCGCAUCGACGAUGUCACCAUAAUCGCCGGCAAAAUUACAUCAUUGGAAGCAUUCGCUGCCGAUGAACCAGAAAAUUCUCAAUAAAUUCGGCUCGAAAUUAAUUCAGCUUGUGAUA